AUGGCCCAGAACUCACUCCGCCAUUACUCUACAAACCUGUCGCCCUUGCAAUGUGUGUUGGGCUAUCAGCCGGUCCUAGUACCAUGGCAUCAGAGCCAGACUGCGGCUCCUGUGGUGGAGGAUUGGGUGAGACGCUCAAGGGAAACCUGGGAGGCCGCCCACGGGUACCUUAAACGGGCCGAAGGGCGGCAGAAGGCCAGUGCCGACCGCCACCGCAGCGAGGCCCGGUGUACAUACCGGGGGACCGGGCCGGUGGUGGCUGGUCCGCUUCAAGAAGAUGAGGUGCGGGAGGUCCCUCCGCCCCCCCUGGACAUCGGGGGGUGCCUGCGUAUGCAGUUUGGUCCAUACUGGACUCGAGGCGUCAGGUGUUCUGAUGGCAUCCUGCUGUGUCUGCAUGUUGAGCAGGAGGAGGGUGGACAGCGCCAGGUGCUAGUCCUUGGCCUAGACGGAGCUGGGAAGAGCAGUAUGCUUCAGGGGUUGACAGCUACAGACGGAGACAAGAGAGGGCACUGCCGUCCCACCAGGGGUUUCAACUUUAUGAGCCUCAGUGCCCCUGCCCGUCAGCUGGAUUUCCUAGAAAUUGGAGGGGCUGAGGAUUUGCGUAUGUACUGGGCAGAGUACCUGGGGAAGAUGCAUGGCCUGGUGUACGUGGUUGACUCCUCUGAUAGACCACGUCUCCCACAGGCCAAGGUUGAGCUGCAUCGCCUCCUCAGACUGCACUCACAACUUCCUGUGGUGGUCCUGGGGAACAAACAGGACAAGCCAGACGCAUUGAGUGUGUCAGAGCACCAUGAGGCCCUGUCUCUGGAGGCGGUGGCCGACAAGAGGAGGCUGUUCCUACUGGCUGCCCAGCUAGGCUCAGAUGGCCUGAUUGUCUCCCGUAAUCUGCAGGCCUUCCAGGACUUGCUCCUACAGCUCGUCUGAUGCCCCAGGGCAGGAGUAGUGAAAAGUGGGUUGACCAGGCAUGUGGGAUGGGGAAAGUGGUCCAUUGAUGUGCCCGUGUGGUAAGGACCAGUGGCAAUUGGCCAUGACUGUGUGUGAAUACUUUUGAACUAGAGUAGAUCCUUCAGGGCCAUCUGGAAUGCAGGGAGCGAAAAUGGUUUGAUACAGUCAGGUCCAUAAUUAUUGGCACCCUUGAUAAAGAUGAGCACAAAAGACGGUAUAAAAUAAUAAAUACUUUAUACUAAUAAAGUUGCUCAAAUAAAUUUUGUUUAACAAGUAAUAAAAAAAUAUAUUUUUUAAAUAGACAAAUUAUCGGCACCCCUGUUUUCAGUACCCUUGCGAGGAUAACGACACUGAGCCUCUUUAAAAAUACUUUAUGAGAUUGGAGAACACAUUAGGAAGGAUCUUGAUGAUGAAAAUUACAGGCCUCUCAUCUUUUUAAGUGGGAGAACUUGCACGAUUGGUGGUUGGCUAAAUACUUUUCUGCUCCACUGUAUAUAUUACAUCUUUACAGACAACGAAUCUGUUGUGUUAUGAAAGACACAUUUUAGUCAAUCAAUCUUUUGGUCUUAAUCUUUGACCAAUAACCCUAAUUUUAUUGUUCAUAUUAAAUCAACCCAUCUCAUGAAACCUGAAAUGUGUCAUUAAAAAUUACUGAUAAAUUGAUACAAUUUCUUUGAAAUAGUUUGUCAUUGGUUUCACAUUGUCAUAUGGCAUAUUGGUGUUCUGGCAUCAGAGUUGCCCAAUUGAACUUAAUAUGGUUUUUGUAUCUACCUAACUGUUGCUACAUUUAUUAGUAAACAUUUUAAGGAUAUUUUGACAACUCAAUCUUAAUUUUUUAUGUUACAAAAAAAUAUUAGUAUAAAUGGAAAAAUGUCAGACAAUAGAACUUUACACAUGCAUGUUUAAAGUAAAUGAUCAAUCCAAACAAUUUCUUAGUAUUACCAUCAAUGUUUGUCUUUGACUAUAUAUGCAAAGUAAAGACUGAAAUUACAUUCUAGAAAGCCUGAAUUGUCAUCUAAAAUAUAGUUAACACCAGUGCCAAAAAAGGCAGCACAAGCAUUUUUUAAAAAUGUAAUGUAGUAAAAAUAUACAAAUGUUAAGCUGUCAUUUGUUGAUUUAUAAUGUUAAGGGGUUAACUAUUAUCUGACUAAGUUUAGAUUUUUUAAUUUUAUUAUUACAAUUUGUAAAAAGUUGGCUGUUCAAGAAGCCACCAUUUUCAUAGAAUGACCCAGUUAAUAUAAGUUAAGCAUGUAAAUUGAUGUAAGAUUAAUAUAAAUAAGGUGUAUGGACUUUGUUGUUGUUGACAAAUUCAUGCUCUGUUUGAGUUAUUCAAUAUUUGUAUGUUUUAACUUUUAGGAGGCAGUUGUUUUGCAGACGGCUUUUAUUGAAACAUACCUUUCAAUCGCCUGAUCCUCAACCUUGUUAUCAAUGACCAGUCAUUCCUUAAUCAUGUAUGAAUUGUAAUGCCAUGUUUCUACUGCAGUGGCACCUUUGUUUGACUGCUAAAGUGAAGUGUGAUUAUUAAA